AUGUUGGAACUCAAUGUGAAACAGAGCGGGAUAAGUAAAAGAGUGCUGAAUGUAUUGUACAGGAAAACGAAAAGUGGCAAAGUUGUGAAGAGAGUACAUGAGCAAUAUUUACGAAAUGAUAUUGGUUGUGGGCUGGAUUCAUGCCGUUGCUGUCAGCCAGUUGAGGGUCAUUCUCUCACUGACCUCAGUGAACGAAUCUCCUCAGCGGUACCCAUAAAUCAUGCGAUCAUCUUGGAUUCCUCAGCAAUUAUCCGUUUUCACCAUCUCUUCGAAAAUCCGGUUUUUUCAAAUAUAAUUAUCACGCAAACUGUAUGGGAAGAUGUGAAGAAAUCAAAUCCGCCAGCAUACAAAUCUAUGCUGACGCUCUGCUAUGAAAGCCCCGAUCGGAAAGUUUAUGUUUUUAUGGAUGAUUUUCAUCACGAAACGCAUCUGGAUCGUAUUACUGGCGAAAGUGAAGAAGAUCGAUUAACACGAUCACUUUUAACAUGUGCCAGAUAUUACGAGGAACACUGGAAGCAUUUUACGAUAACUCCUGUACUUAUCUGUGGUACUGCUACGGGGAAAAAUCGCCUGACGGAGCAAUUUAAGAAUGUUUUCACGUUGCAAGAAUAUGUUGAGGAAGCUGAUAGCCGUGGUCGUAUCCUGUUCCCAGAGCACCUACCACAUGAUGUGAUACAGAAUGGUAUUCGAAGUGGCAAAUACAAGAAAGCCGCUUUUCAGGUUUCACGUGAGAAUUAUUUGGAAGCAACUGUGCACAUUGACGAGAAAACCACUUGGUUCAUUCAGGGGCGAAUUAACAUGAAUCGUGCAGUGAAUGGUGAUACUUUGCGAGAUGUUGAAGAAAUUGAAAUGAAAGAUGCCGUUGAUAAAGACGAAGACAAAGAUGAUGAAAAUGAGCCAGAAAAAUCGAAAAAGCCACGACUGGAGGACAAAGUUCCAUCAGCGAAAGUGGUUGGAAUUGUGAAACGAAACUGGCGACAGUACUAUUCCACUCGUGUACUUUUUGCUGCGGCUGAACGUCUCAUACCUCGAAUACGCAUUGAAACACGUCAAGCUGAUCGGAUCCGUGGAAAACGUGUGGUUGUUGCAAUCGAUAGCUGGCCAAGAGAUUCCCGAUAUCCAAUUGGACAUUACGUCCGAAGUAUUGGCACUGUAGGAGACAGAGAAACCGAAAAUGAGGUUCUGUUGCUGGAGCAUGACGUACCGCAUGGUCCAUUCUCGGAAGCAGUCUAUGCAUGUUUACCAGAUCUGCCAUGGAAUGUGCCCAGUGAAAGUCACCGGAAAGAUUUACGUUCGUUGACAAUUUGUUCAGUGGAUCCACCUGGUUGCACCGAUAUUGAUGAUGCACUUCACUGUAGGCAAAUUGAUUCGGAUCGUUUUGAGGUUGGUGUUCACAUCGCUGAUGUUUCACAUUUUGUUCGCCCAGAUACAGCAAUGGAUGCGGAAGCAGCACAUCGUGGCACGACAGUUUAUCUUUGUGACAAGCGAAUUGAUAUGUUACCCGAGCUACUCUCCAGCGAUCUAUGUUCGCUUCGUGAAAAUGUCGAUCGGCUGGCAUUCUCAGUGAUCUGGACACUCACAUCCAAUGCCGAUAUCAUCGAUGUAAAAUUUCACAAAUCGAUUAUACGAUCAAGCGGAGCAUUGACCUAUGAGCAAGCGCAAAAAAUGAUCGAUGAUACCUCAUUGUCUGAUCCUGUGACAGUGGGAUUGCGCGGCUUGUUGGCGCUAUCGAGAAAGUUGAAAGAGAAACGGCAUGUGAGUGGUGCUUUGACAUUGGCUUCAUCCGAAAUUCGAUUCAACAUUGAUUCCGAAACGAAAGAUCCGAUAAAUGUGCUGGAGAAAAAAGCUCUGCCAACCAAUAGCAUGAUGGCAAAAGCGAAAGGUUUCAAAAUGAACGUAGAAAGUGGAAAAACUUUGUCGGAGAGCUUAGAUAUGGCCAUUGAUCCAAAGAACGAAAUGGUGAACACCCUGUUUAGAAUGCUCACAACACGUUGCAUGACACAAGCGGUGUAUUUCUCGUCAGGUUCCCUACCAACUGAGAAGUAUUUUCAUUUUGGGCUUGCUGCACCGAUCUACACGCAUUUCACAUCGCCAAUACGACGAUAUGCCGACAUAAUGGUUCAUAGGCUACUUGCCGCAUCAAUUCAUGCUGAUUCCACAUUUCCAGAAAUGUUGAAGGGUGAUUUAGUGACGAAAAUUGCUAAUAAUCUCAAUUACAGGCAUAAACAAGCACAGUAUGCAGGCAGAGCAUCGGUUUUGCUAAAUACAUUACUGUAUUUCAAAGGGCGUACCGAGCUACACGAUGGUUUUGUAUUUGUACCAGCGUAUGGCUUCGAAUCGGUGGUUGUUUUUCCAGUUGGAUCGAAUUAUCAGGUGACCGAUGACCUCUUAGUGGCAGAAGGAACCGAAGUGCGAAGUUUCAGUCGCAUUAAAGUAAAGCUUUCUCUGGACGAGAGUGACGUACAGCACAUACGUCUGGAUAUGAAACUUGUCUCGCCAAAGAUUCCUGGAUUUAGCGUCGAUUACAUACUUUCGGCUCCAGAAGAUUGA